GCCACGCCGCCACACCGCCUGCACCAGCGCUCUUUGACAGAAUGCUGCGACGGGGCAGCCAGGCGCUCCGGCGCUUCUCCACCGGUCGGGUUUAUUUCAAAAACAAGCUGAAGUUGGCCCUUAUUGGUCAGAGCCUCUUUGGACAAGAGGUCUACAACCACCUCUGCAAAGAGGGCCAUCGAGUCGUGGGGGUGUUCACAGUUCCAGACAAGGAUGGAAAAGCUGACCCACUGGCUUUGGCCGCAGAGAAAGAUGGGACCCCAGUGUUCAAGUUCCCUAGAUGGAGAGUCAAGGGCAAGACCAUAAAGGAGGUGGCAGAGGCCUACAGAUCCGUGGGUGCCGAGCUAAACGUGCUUCCUUUCUGCACACAGUUCAUCCCCAUGGAUGUAAUUGACAGUCCAAAGCACGGUUCCAUCAUUUAUCACCCGUCCAUCCUUCCCAGGCACAGAGGAGCCUCUGCUAUCAACUGGACUCUAAUUAUGGGAGAUAAGAAAGCUGGAUUUUCUGUCUUCUGGGCUGAUGACGGUUUAGACACAGGACCUAUCCUUCUUCAGAGGUCAUGUGAUAUCAAACCCAAUGACACAGUGGACGCACUUUAUAAUCGAUUUCUUUUCCCCGAAGGAAUCAAGGCCAUGGUGGAAGCUGUUCAACUCAUAGCUGAUGGAAAAGCUCCUCGGAUUCCCCAGCCAGAAGAAGGGGCAACAUAUGAAGCCAUCCAGAGAAAGGAAAAUGCCGAGAUUUCUUGGGAUCAGUCUGCUGAAGUUUUACAUAACUGGAUCCGAGGUCAUGAUAAAGUCCCUGGAGCUUGGACAGAGAUAAAUGGACAGAUCGUCACGUUCUAUGGUUCUUCACUACUGAACAGCUCCGUGCCUCCUGGAGAACCACUGGAAAUUAAAGGUGCCAAGAAGCCUGGCCUCGUUACCAAAAACGGACUUGUUCUUUUUGGUAAUGAUGGAAAAGCACUGAUGGUGAGAAAUCUACAGUUUGAAGAUGGAAAAAUGAUUCCUGCCUCUCAGUACUUUUCAGCGGGUGAAACAUCAGCAGUAGAACUUACAGCCGAAGAGGUGAAGGUGGCAGAGACCAUCAAGGUCAUCUGGGCUGGAAUUUUAAGCAACGUCCCUGUUAUUGAAGACUCGACAGACUUCUUUAAAUCUGGAGCAAGCUCAAUGGAUGUUGUCAGGCUGGUUGAAGAGAUCAGACAGAAAUGUGGUGGGCUUCAGUUACAGAAUGAAGAUGUCUAUAUGGCCACCAAGUUUGAAGACUUCAUCCAAAAAGUCGUGAGGAAACUGAGAGGAGAAGAUCAGGAAGCGGAGCUAGAAGUGGAUUAUGUUUCAAAGGAGGUCAAUGAAAUGACAGUAAAAAUGCCAUAUCAGUGUUUCAUAAAUGGACAGUUCACAGAUGCUGAUGAUGGAAAGACUUACGACACUAUCAACCCAACAGACGGCUCUACAAUAUGCAAAGUAUCCUAUGCUUCUUUGGUGGAUGUUGAUAAAGCAGUAGCAGCAGCCAAAGAUGCCUUUGAAAAUGGUGAAUGGGGAAGAAUGAAUGCGAGAGAAAGAGGAAGAUUGAUGUACAAACUCGCAGACCUACUGGAAGCGAACCAGGAAGAGCUGGCAACCAUUGAAGCCCUCGAUUCAGGUGCUGUCUACACCUUGGCUCUGAAGACUCACAUCGGAAUGUCUGUGCAAACAUUCAGAUAUUUUGCUGGCUGGUGCGACAAAAUCCAAGGUUCUACCAUUCCCAUCAACCAGGCCCGUCCAAAUCGCAAUCUGACCUUCACCAAGAAAGAGCCCCUUGGUGUCUGCGCCAUUAUCAUCCCCUGGAACUACCCGCUGAUGAUGCUGGCGUGGAAGAGCGCCGCCUGCUUGGCAGCGGGCAAUACCUUAGUGCUCAAGCCAGCGCAGGUCACGCCCUUGACUGCUUUGAAGUUUGCAGAGCUCUCUGUUAAAGCAGGCUUUCCGAAGGGGGUAAUCAACAUCAUACCAGGCUCAGGUGGUGUCGCAGGACAACACCUUUCUGAACACCCUCAUAUCCGCAAACUUGGUUUCACUGGCUCCACUCCUAUUGGCAAACAGAUCAUGAAGAGUUGUGCUGUGAGCAACUUGAAGAAAGUUUCUCUUGAACUUGGUGGCAAAUCCCCACUUAUAAUAUUCAACGACUGUGAACUUGACAAAGCCGUGCGAAUGGGCAUGGGAGCAGUGUUUUUCAACAAAGGAGAGAACUGCAUUGCAGCGGGGCGGCUGUUUGUGGAAGAAUCCAUCCACGAUGAAUUUGUCACGAGAGUGGUGGAAGAAAUCAAAAAGAUGAAAAUUGGUGAUCCGCUUGACAGAUCUACUGACCACGGGCCCCAGAAUCAUAAGGCCCAUCUGGAGAAACUUCUGCAAUACUGUGAAGCAGGCGUGAAAGAGGGGGCCACCCUGGUGUACGGGGGGAGACAAGUUCCAAGGCCAGGCUUUUUUAUGGAACCAACUGUCUUCACAGACGUGGAGGACCACAUGUAUCUGGCCAAAGAGGAAUCCUUUGGGCCUAUUAUGAUCAUUUCUAAAUUCCAGAAUGGGGACAUCGAUGGAGUGCUGCGGCGAGCCAACAACACAGAGUACGGUUUGGCCUCGGGGGUCUUUACAAGGGACAUAAAUAAAGCUCUGUACGUGAGUGAAAAGCUCGAGGCGGGAACCGUGUUCGUUAACACCUACAACAAGACAGAUGUGGCAGCUCCUUUCGGCGGAGUGAAACAGUCCGGCUUCGGGAAGGACUUAGGUGAGGAAGCGCUGAAUGAAUACCUCAAAACCAAGACGGUGACGCUGGAAUAUUAGAGCCAGGCUGCGACCAGGACACCCUCAGACAGCGCUACCCCUCCGUUCUCGACACACGUAAGAGGCCUGGGUGCUGACGAAGGACGUAUCAGCCGGCAGCCAGAAAGUACCCACGUGGACCGUGCAGAUGGCCAGGCCACAUGGCUGGGCAUUUACACCUGUGCCUGAACUCGACCCCUUCUGUACCUUAAAAUGACUUCCAUGUGUUGGUUCUUGACUAUGUAGCAUUUCACACCCAUUUCUCCAAUGCCAAGCUCCUCCCCAAACUAGUCUAGUCAUGGCUGUUCAUCCUGAAAACGUCAGUAUCAUGCAGUUAUAAUCAAAAAGAGCAUUUUUUAGAAGCUUUGUAUAGUCCAGGUUUUAACCUCUGAACCAUACA